AAAGAUGGCGACAACGGCGCCGUCAAGCCUGCCCUCGAAGAGCACCAAUCUGAAACAUGCAAAUACUGCAAGAAAAGGCACUGCCGCCGGGGGUGUGCUACUCCCUCUCAACAAGGGUUUUACUGGCUCCUUCAUGGCAAUUAAAGCUCCGCCAAUACAACUUCUCGAUCCACUGCUCGGGCGCAUGUCUACAGCAUCUCUCCGCUCUGUAUUCGAGCAUGAGGUAAAUACGUGCGUUAAAAGGGUGAGGGCUUUCCAUGCCACUGUAGAAAAGGAUCGUAUCGCCAAGCACCAUGUGCAAGAUAGCGACCAUCAAGAAAAAUUACAUUCUUCGCUAAAUACACGAAGACGGAUGCUAUGUCUACAGCUCUCCAAGUGCUGGGACAUGUUUGGUCCGCAUCUUUCGGAAGAAGACUUGUAUUCCAAAAUGGUUGCGACUGGGGAGCAAUUGUUGGGGAUUCCAGGCUUUCACGACGCAGCGGACGAGAUUUGCUUCACAAAAUUCCUGAAAGAAGCACCUGAAGCGUUCCUAACCUCUCGAUUGGCCACUCCGGUACCCUCCUCUAUACCUCAUACUCCACCCCAGCCAAACCCAUCACCUCAAACCCUUCGUCAUCGUGCACAAUACGGACACCUGAUGGCCACCUACUUAACACUCCGCUCUGUCGAUCCACUUUUCCGAUCUUGUGGUAUUUUUGAGAAGAUUCUUGAUGUACUUUCAAGCAUGUUGGAUGUGAUGAAAGGGAGUGUGUUUAUGGAGGAGAGUGAAGGUGCUUGGUUAGUGUGGUCGGGCAGCGUGCAAGUGCGAACAAUUGCGGACGAGGUCGCAAGUAUCCAGUACUCGGAUGAGAUCGUUGAUGUUCUCCUUCGAGCGAUAUCAUAUGUUGAAAGCUGCGCUCCCCUUCUCAAGCCAGAAUACCUGCCAUGGCGAAUUGAAUAUUAUGUCUCCGUCUAUAACUGCUAUAUAAGACAGAAAGCCUACGCGCAAGCUGAGGAGACCAUCCUAGAGGCAGUAGCCAAACUCGGUGAGACGGCAACCGACGCGGAAACAGCUGGUGACGUCGAACCGCAGACGCAAGACAUCAUUGACGCCACUACGCAUCGACUAAACUUGCUGAUCUUCGCAUGUGAAGUGCGCGCUAUCGUGGAAGGAAAGAAAGUUGCAAAUGCCGAUGCCAUUCCCCAGAUAAUGGCUGCGGGAAAUGUGGUCACCGGGGCCCUGAAACAAACAAGUGGGUCACUCAGUGGAUUUGGUAGUAUUCCCGAGGAAGACUUGCGUUCCUCCGUUGUUUCUCAAACGCCUUUGCGUAAUUUGGAGAAAGCCUCGCCAGCACGGGGUGGACCCCUUUUUAACGGGUUUGCUGGUCGGGGAAGGCAAUUGACGUCGUCUUUCUUCGAUCUCGCUGGAUCUAUGCAAAGUAUAACGGGUUUGCCGUCAUCUGCUGGACCCCGUGCAUCAUCUGCGAGUCAGGCGACAGAUGGAACAGGCGACUUACAAUGGCGACCCAGAGGUGGCGGUCGAACUCUGGUCCGAACUCUAUCCGUCAAGGCAAUCAGUCAGCUACCCGGGCCGGAUCGCGUCAACCGUUUCCCAGGGCGUCGACGCAUGGACCGGGAGGGCUCGGCAAUGACUACGAGUGAUGCAGAAAGCCUGGUGGCAUAUGGACUGGGCGAUGACUCCAAGGUUGAUGGCGGAGAAGAGGGUGACUCGUUUUCUGAAACGAUGUUUACAGACUUGGGUGGGAAGGAUUACAAGGCAGGCAGCAGCAAACAGCAAACAAGUCGUAGUCGAAAAAGUAAAACAGGUCAGCGCGCGGAUGAUACGGAAGAGGGGCGGGCCAAACGUCAAAUGGUUUUUGACGUCUUGUACAUGCUUGGUUCGUUCAGUGGUGAUCGGGACAGAUUCCACGCGGUUGUGCAAGGCCUUCAUGCUCUCGCCUCACCGGAUGUAACUAUGACGUACAUAGAAAAGUUGUCUGAAGACUUUAACCGAAAUGAGCAGCUGGCCAUGAAGCUUUUGGAUGUGGGAUUCGAAAUCAUCAUUUCCGAGCCCGAGAGCUUUCUGUCACUUUCCAAGCUUGUGUCUGCAUACACAACCGAUUUGCGACUGGGACGGUCUCCGCGCCCGGCAGAUGUCUCUCGAAUCAUGUCUCAACGGCGGUUGGGCCUUCUUCAUCUGGACGACUUGAUGGCAUAUGCGAGACACCUCUUUGCGUACCACCAGUGGGAGAGAUUCAGUAUUCUCGCGAGAAUUUUGGACGCAUUGUUGGACACCGACGCAUUCAAUGGGGAGUAUACCAAGGAUGAGCAAGAUGUUGCAUCCAAAGAGCUCGUUCUACGUCUUGCAGCUAUCAAUUUUCAAACCGUCGUGCACUCGGAGCGCAAAGUUGGAUUUGAUACUCAGCGGUUGACGGCGACUACUACAGAUCUUCGGAUCCGGCGGUUAGAGUUUUCUAGCCAACUUCAAACAGCUGCCGCUGGCUUACUCGACGCCCUGGCGGAAUGCAUGGAUAAAUCAGAUUUAGGACAGACGAUGCCUCGUCUGAUUGGCGACGCUUGUCAGUUUAUAUGGCACUUUCUUGAGCCUUUGCUUAAGGACUUUGUGUCCAUAUCCGAUGCCCCCAAAUGCAACGUAUUAUCGAUGGAUAGCAUGAGUGUUAUCUUGUUGCGGUCUCUCCACGCAACGCUCACGGAGUUGGACAUAGAUGAUGCGAUCUUUGCGGUGGAUGUUGGUGCAAAGUUAGCAAUAAUAUUGGAGUGCUUAGGAGAGUUCAAGGAGGCUGUCGACGUUUUGGACGAUGUGGAGCGGAGGAUAGCCGUUGCCAGGGUACGGAUGGGCGAUGGCUUGGAUGGGUUAGACUCUAUUACUUGCAACGUGAGAUUCCAUAAAGGAAUACGCAUCAACGGGCUGCAUGACGAUAGAACAUCUGAUGUGGAAGUAGCUGAAUUGGAUAAUCGUAAGAAAGAUUCAGCAAAACCCACUUCAACUUGUCGCGAGCUUGCAUGUGCCGCUGUGAACAUUUCACGUUCCCUGUUUCGGUGUCGGAUGAAGUUGAAACAUCACGAAAAUAUUGUUGUCCAAAACAAAAAGGAACAAGAGCAACUUCGGCUAACAAACAAGCACCGGCAUUUGAGCGAACCUCUGACAGCGCCCAGUGAAGAGGAUAUAAAAGCAUGCUGCGGGGAAAACCUAGUCCUGACCGCACUGAUGGUGGCUGUGCACGCUUCGGAGGGCUCGAAUUUGGGAAAAGAGCAGAAGGCAGUCCUCUUGGAUCGGUCUGCUCAACUUCUCACGAAAGCCCAAAAGGAGGAGAGAAGGUUACUGGACAAGUUAUUCUCCGCUGAUACCACUUCGCAUCCUACCACGCAAAACAGGUGUCCAGCACCUCUUUUUAUCCGAAGAACACCCACAUCUAUUACUAUCCGCCCUCAACCCAUGUGCGAUAAAACAGGACGCCAGAUUUUCCCUCAUGCGUAUCAAGUUUUCUGCCGAAACACGACAUCCCACCCCACAGGACCGGUUACCGUCAGUGACGUCUUCUAUCAAGGGUCUGCCACUCCGGCACGUCCUGGAACUGACAUUACCAUAUCUGGACUCACGCCGAAUCAAUCGUAUGCCUUCGCAUGCGCUGUAUAUGAUACAAAUGGACGCAUGAUAGGGGGGAUGGGUGAAACCUGUCGACCGAUUGUUGCAUGCUUACCUCUUCCAUUGGUUCUUUGUUGGGGUCAAGUUGCUCAAAUUGCACAUGAAGCGGGAUGCGACCGUGUUGCCGGGUUGGCUUACAGCAUUCUACGCUCUCAUUUUGUUGCCUGGGACGCUCCUGAUGCCAGUUUACGAGCAUCAGAAGGGAAUAAGACACUGUGUCCGCCGCAAAGCAUAGACUCGUAUGCUGAGGAAGUGUUCAAGUUGAACGAUGAGGAUGCCGAAGAGACUUCGCCGUUGAUUAUUCGCUCAUUUAUCGAAAGUGUCUAUGCUCAUGUAGACCGGACGUUUGCGGAUACCAAUGCGAUUCCUUACUCCGAUGCAGAAGGUACAAGAGAUAUAUUAGGAGCGCAGAUGCUACGAUUACGCUCUUGCAAAGAGCUGCUAAUAGCCGUCGAGCUGGCUCAAAGGAUUGGGGAUGAUCGGUUGAUGCUAUUAUCAUCCUUCAAAUGCUACGAAAUCUUAAUCCCAAUUUUGCGAAUUGAGGAUGUACCAGAUCCGACUUUUCUCUCGUUCAACACGCCAUUGCCAACCCCCAUGCCGUUCCUCAUCAAAAUUCUUUUGACCUGCCAUGUGAUAUUCCUGAAGUGUUCCCCCAUCUUAGGCGAUGAUCGGGCCCAAGGUGUGCGAGACCAUUUUGCAUACGUAUCUUUCCAUUUGGUGCGACGACUGACGUCAAAAAGACGAUCAAGAGAUGUUGCUCUUGCUGUGAAAGUCGCCGAAGAGGCGCUGGGAGUCAUUCACUCUGUUCCAGGACUCUUGGAUACGCGAAUCAUGAGUUCAUCGUACCUAGAGCAUGAGUGGUUGGGCAUCGGUCAACGGGCAGCAAAGAAGAACAUGGGAAAAAGAAAAGGGAAGGGGCCUGGGGGAUUUUCAGUUGAUUUUGCGUAUCAUACUGUACUCGCGAUUUCCAGCGAACCCGCAAAGGGAUACGGGGAACAAACUCCAAGAAAACUAGACGCCUUCUGUGAGUACUUGGAGUUGCAGAUAACCAAAGCUAGUUUCCCGACAAGCAAUGCAUUUGCACCAGCCUCUCCAUCACAGCAACCGGAAGGCAGCUUAGCGGGUAUAGCGCCUUCUGUGGCUUCUUCCACUGUUUCUAUCCACCGCAAAACUCUCGACGCAACAGCAACGUCCCUGAAAGAACUAUUCUCUGUUCUGGUACAUUCUGGACCGGACAUUGCCAUGGAAAAUCUGACCCGUUUUCGCAAAAACCCUCGAUAUAUGGAGUUAUCAUGGUUUGCUGCAGCAUGGUGUCUCGCAUCUACGCUGAUUGAUGCAGCUGUGCGUGUGUGUAUUGAUGCAGAAGAAUGGACUGAGAGAAGGAAUUUAUCCAUUUUGCGUUCUGAUGAUGGCGGGGAGGACGAUACGAGGGGAAAGGAUGCAGCACUGGCUAAGCGUAAAAAGAGGAGUCUGUUUGCUGACAAGAGAGUUGGUUUUGGUAUUGGGAAAAGCGAUGAUAAGAGACGAGGAAGGAAGGGGCGGACUUCCAGCAAUGUGCCCACUCUUCGACGUCCCAAAUCUGCUGCUCACACGGAACAACUUGAAGAAGAACCAGCCGAAUAUGGAACUACUGACACGGUUCCCGCUGUGCGACCGAAAAGCGAGGGUGGCCGGCGAGAGUCAACAGACCAUCACGACCCACGGAGAACACGCAGCGAAAUGGUCCAUGGAGCACCUGCAACGGACAGAACACUGGGCACGUCGCGCGACACUUCUGUCGAUGCAACUGCAAAGCCGCCAAAAUCUGAAUCACCCCGAUCGAGAUCUCGAAGUCCCAGUGUUCAGUCUACACGCACAGCCGCCGAAGGAGAAACCUUAGAUAACGCGACCCUCCGUCGUAAACGAGGCGCGGCACGACAGACCUAUUUUGCAGGACUGCCUCCCGCCGAGCUGGAACGAAAAGAUCGUGCAGCCAGAAUUUUGGACUUGGUUCUCUCGUCCUUAUGGCGUCGCCGGCGAUUUGCGCGUCGAUUGCGUAUUAUCCUCGAGUAUGAGGCGCCCUGGUCCUCUCGUCUUGCACUAGUCCACGGACUGGCAGUGUUUGAGCAGCUUCAGAGAGAUGCACAAGGAAGAGAUUUCGGCGGUGCAGUCGACGUAACGUUGAGGGAGGCGUUGGAGCUGCGAAAUUGUGGAAGAGUGCUACUGAAUGAGCUACGAGUUCCCAGCAAUGCUAGCGAAGCCCGAGGACGGACAUCUACCAAUGCACGAGUCAGUGCAACGGAAGAAAUUGCAACAAAAUCUGCUCACUCCGACCUAACUCGCAUGAUUACGGAUGCGCUUCAAUCGAUAGUUCAGUCAAUUGUAAUAGCCACCCGCGUGGGCCAAUGGCUUCAAGUCCUCGAAAGCUGUCGUCACCUUUGGAGUGUACAGCGAUACCUGUUGCAACGCAAUAUUGUCACGGGCACGGAGUUUCACCGAAAUUCUUUGUGGAGGGCAUGGUGGAUCGCUGGGACAUGCCUACUGGACCUAUUGCAGGGUGUGAAAAUCCGGAAGGCUGACGAAGAGGAUGAAAACUCAAGUCCAGUUGGCUUAAGUUCGCGACCCAAUACAGGCAGAACAUUUACAUAUCCCUCCCGACCAACUACUGCAGCCAAAGGUUCGGAUCCCUUUCGCGGUGGACAAGAGUCAUCUAGUGUGUUGCCUCUCAGUAGUCUUUCCGAACUCUAUGGACAUCAAUAUCUUGCCGGGUGGAUCGAUCGACACGGGGAAGUGCAGGUACACAUGGUGGACAUUCCAUUCAUAGCCCAGUUCAGUCUCUUCACAAUCGAAGCCAUGCAUAGUGCAAAAAAACACUACCGCAUGAUUGAGUUCGGCAUGCGCUUUGAUACAAUUUUCAAAGGCAUUUACGGACGUUUUUUACGGCCUUUGCUUGCUACAGCUUAUGAGAAUCUCAAAGGUGGAACAGACGUAGGAAAGAAAUGGGCUGCACAUGAUCUGGAUCGGUGGCUAGGCGCAAGUCAGCCUACAAAUACACCAUUGCAACUACUUCUGCAUGCACGCGGGCUUCAUGCCGAGUUUGUACUUGACCGCGCACAAGCGAGCAUUCAGUCUCCAACUAUGUCCCGUACGUUCCUUGCCGCUGUACAGGGAUACGAGGAAGCAUUGCGUGUGGCAAAGUCUCACGAUGCACGCAAUGCUAUAGCGAUGGCAGCAAACGAGUAUGCAAAUCUGCUGUUUGCCAAAGGCGACCGUGAAAGUGCAUGUUUAUUCUGGUCCAAAUGCGUGGACGCUGUGUUUGAAAGGGAAAAGGUUGUUGCGGAUUGGAAGUCUUUGGUGGCGGACCCAAGCGACUUGUGGACAAAUCGGACACCAAGUAAACCACGUAUAUUGUCACUGGUUGGCGGAGUAAAGAACUCCAUCCUAGCAGGCGUUGCAGUCACGAAAAUGGUUCAGUGCUCAUAUAUCUCGACAAACCUUGAUAAACGACAGUCUUUGGUACUUCUCGCUGCACAUUUGUUUAGCGCACCACUUCAAGGAACGAUUCCUCAUCCUGGUACACCGCCCUCGUUUGCGAGCUACCUUCCGCCUUACGUCUACCCAAGCCUGGACCUAUUUUCUGACCUUUACCGAUGUGAUUCAUGGGAAUUGGCGGAAUCACUAUGCUUCGUGGCGGGUGACCUGACCGCGGCCGAUCGUCCUGGGGAAGCUGUACCACUGACCUCGUUCAUUGAGUUCAUAGCUGUGAACAAGUGCAAAUCAUCUCCGCUGCUGGCAUUUGCGCGACUCCUGAAAGCUGAAGCCUUAGUCUCGAUGGGAUGCAUUGCCGAUGGAAUUGAGAGCUUCUUUUCCGUCUCAUGUGGACGGGCGCUGGUACCAGAUGACCGAAGAAUUUACACCCCAACAUCUGGAGGCGGAAUUGUGCUACCCGUGUCAGAUAUUCAAUUCGAGGAUUCGGUGUACGUGCUGGAUUCCCCAAAUAACAUCAAAAUAUUGAGGAACAUGGCAGAUCACGCCUUAACAGAGAGAUUGGGAUGGUUUUAUGGGACAGAUGUCGUCAGAGAGUAUGAGUUGUGUCGAUGUCGGCUACUAAUCAAGAUUUUGCAGAUAGCGGAUGUGGCGGAUCCGGAGGUUGUGAACAGGAAGUUGGCCAUGUUGCUGCACCAAGAGGAAGUAUCCCAAUCCGAACAAGGUGGACAAUCCAACCCCGUUGGCGUGGGACCGCAAAAACCGUUGACCAGCGACGCAACUAGAGGAUCGGUCAUCGGCGAGACGCUAAGCCGCAUGCCAUCCCAUUCCAGCAACAUAAGUGUCGCCAGUCGGGGUGGCCGACACUCAUCAGCAACCACAUCGAUUUCCCGGACACAGCGGAGAGAACCAUCUGUCUUACUUGGAUCAAUUUUGGAACGGGUGGAUCAUAUCAUGGGAAAGUUGAUUUCGGAGCUUCAGGCAGAACUGCAAUCGACAAAUGAGAGGACGGCAACUGAAAGCUGUGCUGAAAUGAUUUUGAGAUGUUUCGAAAUCGGAGGUGAAGCCAACAUGCUGAGGUGGAACUUGGACAUUGCAGCAAAAGGUUUCGCUUCCAUCGUGUCCACUAUCGAGGAUCUCCAAGCCCAGUCUGGAACCACCGACAUGGUACACCCACCCCACCGCCCGAAAACCCCAUCGCGAAAUAUUCAAUCCAUGGGUUUCACCCUAAAUGUAGUCUUCUAUUUUCAAGCACUGCAACAAUUGACUGAGGCGCUGUUAGCGCAAGGGAUGUUUGCAAUGGCUGCCGAGUAUGCACGGAAGGGACUUGAAGAGGCCAAAAAGCGGCACUAUGCUCGGUUUGCACUGAUAUUCCACGGGCUGGCCAUUAUAUGUGAACGCCAUACCGACACAUCGCCAAUAGCUAAAUCAGUGCCACAUGACCCUGAAAUUUGGGUCCAGCGCAUUGAACAGUUUGAAAGCAUCUUGAAGGAGGCUUCUAACCGUGCGUGUCAUGAAGGAGUUUUGGCGAGAGGAUGGGAAAUUCUUGGAGAUACGAUGCGAAGUGUGGGUACCGCGGACGAGACUCGCAUCUUUGAAAUCUAUGAUCUCGCGGGACGGUAUGUUGAUAAAGCAUUCUCGAUCUCGACCUCCCGCUGCUUGUCAGGGUAUGAUGCUUUAGCUCCAGCAAUGGUUUCCAUCAAUCUAAAACGAGCACUCGCGGCGUGGAGGAUGAAAAAAAGCGAUCCGUCAGCAAGUUUGGCCAUUCUGGAUACCACAGCGUUAGCAGUACGGCAUAUAGUGCAUCUUACUCCAAAAAUUGCUGUUCCAUUCGCCUUAUCUCGAGCAACUGCGUGUGCCGCAAACCGAUACAUUUAUCGCAGCGAUAGCUCCGCUUAUCAAGAGGCAUGGUCGACUGCUGGUGCGCAACUUAUCAGCGUGAUAAGCGGUUUGGUGGCCGAUGGAUAUGAUCUAGCGGGUAUCACGCGCGGUCUUUGCGGACUUGCUGGCUUGUACUUUGAGCGUAUACAAAAUGAAGAUGAUGGAACGGUGGAGUUCUUUGCAUCCUUGGCGCAUCAAGCGGCAAAAUCGUAUGAUAUGCGCGGUGAAAUGUUGGAAAGUGUUCGGUUAGAAGGGAGAUCCAAGCUCAAAUCACAAGAGAUCGGAUCCCUGGUAAUCAAAGAAGUUGAUCAAUGGAAAGCCAUGACGGAAGGAAACAUGGCGACUGACGAUGUUACUGGGAGUGAAAAUUUGCUAAAGCUGCAAAGUGGAGCACAGCUGAUAGGAACUUCUGCUACCAGCAUAUCGCAGGCUCAAAAAUGGAAAAGCGAUGUACUCAUGGACUGUUUAUGCGCGCUUGCUCGUGAGCGCUCCGCUGUUGAGUAUCCUCCAUCUGACGCCUGGGAAAUAGCGGUAGUCGCCCGAAUCCGACGACUACAUUCCUGUUUGAUUGACGCGGUAGGCCCCCCAUACACUCUCCAGCGAUGUGUGACGGAGUCAGUUAUACCAAAACUGGAGCUUCCAAUUUCUCCCAACAUUGGCUCACCCAGUCUUCCUGACGACGUUGGGUCCCUCAUUUGGAUGGGCGUCCCACCCAGCACAUUUAACCACGACGGGGCUUCCCCAGGUGAUGAAAGUAUAACUGCAAUACUUGUCCAUGCGAGCAAAAGUCCUCGGCGCAGUACAAAAGGGAAAAAGGGAUCCCCGCGAAGCUCUACUACUUCGGCUGUGUCAAGGGGAAGCUUGUCAUCUCGUGGCUCGUCCACUAUGUCUGCAAACAGCUAUGAAAUGCCACCAUUGGUGGUAUAUGUCGCCCGUAUACCCCAUAACAAGCUGCAAGCAGUAAGAGACGUCGCGGAGAAGAUGACAAUGAUACUCGAGAUGGGAGACGACAGUGAUUUUGGAGAUGAAGUUCAAGACAUUUGGGAGAGCCUGCUUGGGAAUAUCAAGACAUGCUUCGGUGUGAUCGAUGAGGAUCUCGAUCCUCCACCUUUCUCUCCUUCCAAUCUCACCCUUCUCCUUAACUUGUUCAGUGUCGAUCAAUCAACAUUCCCUUUGACCGCGCAAGGCACUUCAGUUCGCUUAUCUUCCUCGCCGGCUGCGUCCGUGUUCCUGCAAUGGUUGGCUCGACUGGCUGCAUACAGUCAGGGCCGGCUAACGGUUCGCCACUCCAGCCCUUCCCGAUCGAUCACCACCGCCGGAACGACGGAUUCGACACAAUCCGAAUCUCCUCUGCCGACGCCACCAGAGAAAGAUCAACGAAGACGACCUUCUUAAACCUGAGGUCGUCGUCGCCAACGAGGACCGUAACAGAAGCGAGUCUGCUACAUAAGACCCUUGGGCCAAGAAAUUGAAUGGAAUCCUGUUUCCGUUGCUGAUUAGUGAAUUAUUUAUGUUAUCUAUAUUCGAACUAGAUUUGACAAGCUUUUAGUGCAUUCAAUAGCCAUUCUUGCCGUAAUCUACAUGAAGACAGAUACUGAUGAAUAUGGAUUGGCACCGAUAUUCACAGA